AUGUACUUAAUGUCUAAUGAUUUGAGAAGGAGACAAUUUCCAACGCUGCUGAUAGCAGUACUCAUACAGCACGCCAGGUGUUCUCUAGUGAUGGACAGCAUCAGUCAGAAGGGACUUUACCUGUCCGACUACUGUCCGAAGAUGAAGUACUGCGCAGAGGGGUCGCAUGUAAUGUGCAUGUAUUAUAACCCGCAUCGCGCCAUGGGCCCCCGAUGUAACCGGCCGAAGAACGUGUCAAUCACAACAGACUUGGCGGACAAGUUGCUGGAGGUGUCAAAUGCGGUUCGCAGCAAAAUAGCCCUCGGCAAGGAGAAGGGGAAAGGGGGGGAUCUGCUCCCGAAGGGAUACGGGAUGUUCAGGCUGAAAUGGGACAACGAGCUGGCAACGUUUGCUCAAGUUCUGGCCAACCAGUGCGUCCUAAGACAUGACAUGUGCAGAGCCACAAAAAGAUUCGCAGACCCCGGCCAAACAGCCGGCUUAGUCCGGUUCACGUACCCCGAAUGGUUCCCGGUGUCCAAGGCCGGGCACUUCACCAAGCCAGGGUUGACGGCGUCCAAGCUAGCGUACGCCAUCACCCAGACCCUCAAGUCUUGGUACGGCCAGAAGGAUGCGGUCACACCAGGCAUGAUCACGAGCUACCCUGAUUGGGCUGAGAACCCAAACAACCAAGGCGGUCGACUGUACCUGGAGAUGAUCUACGGUCCAGCCACGCACAUGGGCUGCGGAAUAUCAGCCUAUACGGAGUACGCGUACUACGACAAUAAUGCUGCUCUUAACUAUAAUUCGAUCCAAGUGAUCUGCAACUACUCGUCGCGCCCCCGCAAAGGGGGCUCCGUGUACCAAACUGCCCCCCCUACGGAGGUGGGGUUCACAGUCCGCUGUGGCUGCCCCAUCGGCAUGGACGAAGAUCCAGACUGUCUCUGCAUUAAGAACAGCCCUCGUCCGGAUCCCCCAGCUGGGCGUUCUUGUUCAGAAACCGGUCACUGUAAGCCGGCAGUUGUUCUUCUACCGAUAUUCACCGUGGAGAACGCGCCACCUGAGAAACUUAUUGCCAGAUCUGGGUAUGAAAUGUUACCAUUCGAUAAAAAGGAAUCUGAACCGGAGAUAGCAGAUUUGUAUGGACCUGCUGAUAACGUCUCAGUUAUACAUCCAAUGGAAAAUGUACAGCAGAAAAAAAGUGUAUUUUCAAAAGUAGCAACGUUUGCUCUGCCCAAAACAGAAGAAUCUGUAAUCAAACAAGAUGUCGCACCACGAAAAGACUUCUCCGAUGUCAAAAAUCUUGCACAAGACUAUUUAAGUUUCAAGAAAGUUUUAAAAGGAAACUCUAAGAGGAGUUCAAGUUACCAUCCAUUUGAACAUUACGGAGAAACUUCUAUCCUUAAAACAACUACGGAAAGAUUCCUUCAUUCAGCUGAAGAAAAAGUAAUUAACUUCAACUACUACUUAAGAAACUAUUCGCAACCUAAUAGAAAAUCAGACAAGAUGUUUUCCGAUAUUGAGAGCAACUUUCCUAGAGAAACACCCAAUGAUAAACUUAUGACUCUAUUAGAUACUUUGGAACAAGAAGUGAAACAUAUAGAGCUUGAUAGAAGUAAGAAAGAAAUAUUUGACGCUAAAAUCCGGAGGAUCUAUGGGACAAUCGUCGGUAAGACUGGAGAAAUGUCAUACAAAAGUGAUAGAGAAUCCGAUUUCACUGAUACAGAACAAACUGACAAACAUUCUGAUUCAGAAGGUAAAAUUAAUAAAUUUAAACACCACGAUGAAGUUGAAGAAUUAGUCAAAAAUGUCGAAAAUAUACACGAUAAGUAUAGCGACUUUGAUAACGAAAUACGACCGAUAUCUAGAAGCCAAAACUCCCUUUAUGUUGAUAAAGUUAAUAGUUUAGAUCAUAGAAAUGUCAAAAAAGCUAAGGAAGGCUAUGAAUCGGACAUGAAAUACCCUUUUAGUGAAACUGAAAAUUUAAAAUCAAGAAUAGAUAAAAGUAGAUACAGCGAUGGAAAUCCAAUAAAAAGUAGAAUAAGUACAUUUAACGAUAUUGAUAAGGAAGUACUGAGAACUAGGAAUGUUUACUCUGAUAAUGAAAUUAAGAAGACAAAAUAUCCAGAGAAGAGAAAGUUCCGUGAAAACGGUGAUCUUUUAGGUGUUGAUAGAAGAAGGUUUUAUCAAAGUAAACUGGAGAACUUAGAGAGAAAACUUCAUAAUACUAGAAGUUUCAAACAUCACAAAGACAACAACAACCGCCAAAUCCGUCCAGUGCUGCCAACAGCGCGAGAAGAACAACCACUGCGACCGAGCAAGAACCAACUGGAUCCUUUCUACAUGCCUGACAGAGCUAGAUUUUUACAUGGAUUUUAGUAAAA